CCCUUUCCUUAGGAACAAAGGAAAGUCUGUCUCCGAGGCAUCUGUCACUCCCGGGCUGGCCGAGGCAGCGGGGCGCGUGGGGCCAGCGACCCGGAGAAAGUUUGUGCGGCGGAGACCCUCGGGGCCGACGAGGGGGAGCCGACCCUACCGCGGGGGAGGCGCGCGGUCCCCGGGGCCGGGGGCGGCCAACAUGGAGUCUGGGCGCAGGACUGGGGGGGCGGUGCGGAGGUGGGAGCCCAGCCCCCUCCUCUCCCCUCCCCCUCCGGGCCGAGUUUGGAGCACAAAGCCGAGCGCGCACGCUCCGCCGGCCCCGCGCCCCGAAGAGUCAGCCUGCGCGGAGCAGCCGGGGAAGGGGGUGGGACCCAAACUUUUUCCUGCCUCGGGACAGACACGCUCACUGGAGGUCCAGCCUCGCCCCUAGGCACCAUGUCUGACAGCGAUCUAGGUGAGGAUGAAGGUCUCCUGUCCCUGGCGGGCAAGAGGAAGCGCAGGGGGAACCUGCCCAAGGAGUCAGUGAAGAUCCUCCGGGACUGGCUGUACUUGCACCGCUACAAUGCCUACCCCUCUGAGCAAGAGAAACUGAGCCUUUCCGGACAGACCAACCUCUCAGUGCUGCAGAUAUGUAACUGGUUCAUCAACGCGCGGCGGCGGCUCCUCCCUGAUAUGCUGCGGAAGGAUGGCAAAGACCCUAAUCAGUUCACCAUUUCCCGCCGUGGGGGGAAAGCCUCAGAUGUAGCCCUUCCCCGUGGUAACAGCCCCUCAGUGCUGGCCCUGUCUGUACCAGCCCCCACCAAUGUGCUCUCCUUAUCUGUGUGCUCUGUGCCGCUCCACUCAGGCCAGGGGGAAAAGCCAGCAGCUCCCUUCCCACAAGGGGAGCUAGAGCCCCCUAAGCCCCUGGUCACCCCAGGGGGUACACUAACCCUACUGACCAGGGCUGAGGCUGGGAGCCCCACAGGUGGACUUUUCAACACACCGCCACCCACACCCCCAGAGCAGGACAAGGAGGACUUCAGCAGCUUCCAGCUGCUGGUGGAAGUGGCGCUGCAGAGGGCCGCUGAGAUGGAGCUUCAGAAGCAGCAGGACCCAGCACCCCCAUUACUGCACACUCCCAUCCCUUUAGUCUCUGAGAACCCCAAGUAGGCAUCUGCCAAUAGGGGUGCUCAAGGCUACAGCCAGCUAUUCUGGGUUCCCGGUUUGCUUCCUUCCUACAGAGGGUUUUCUAUGGAUCACUGCCAAGCAUCAAGAUCAUCUCCUCUGUCCAGAGGUCUUUAGCAGGAAGGUGCCCUCUGGCAUCACUGCACUAUGAUGGGGACCUCUCCUAUGCUGACUCUGCCAUUUCUCCAGGCCUCUUCAGUGACAAGACCAAGGGAUUGGAGACCCACAUGGUGCUGCUGCUGCUUCUCCAGAGAACCCCAGGACAUUUGUUCCAGCCUGCUUUCCUGGGCUGGGCUCAGGAAACCUGCCAAGUUCAGACCUCUCUGGGUCCAAGCUGCCACUGAGCUGUGCCUCUUUCUGUCAAGCCAGGUGUGGACAUUACAAGUUCAUAAAUAUGGACAAAAGAGGAACCCAGCAGAUGUAACAGGACCGACUCCAGUUGAAUGUUUAGGUGUUUGCUAAACUGUUAAGGUUUUCCUUUUUGCUGUGGUUUGCAUUAAUAGCAGUAGUUAUCCCAGGUGUGGGGAAUGGCAGCAUUUCACGAUAGUCUGAUAAACUGAGAAUUAUCCACCACUGCAACUGAGGAUUGUUGUAUAAGGAAGGCGUAUUUGUUAUUUUGGGGACCAGCUAAAUUUCUGCAUUAGCACAAAAUUCCAAAUGGUUGUUUUGGUGUUGGUUUACCACCAUCACUCCUGCCACCUCUGGAAAAAAAGCAGGGAGGAAAAACACACGGGCACUGGCUUUUUUGCAUUAGACACUGAAGGGGAUAAAGCCACAGCCAAGGGAGACCCCAAUCUGACAAAACCUAGAUUUAGAGCAGAGAAUGAGAAAACCAGAGAAGUUUUUGUUUUUACUGGGGGGGGGGGGUAUGGGAUGUAAACUAGACUAAGACAGUGUUUUUGGGGGUUUUUUUCUUUCAUUUUAAUGUUUUCCCCUUUGUUCUUCAAGGCUUUGGCUACAGCCUGAGUCCUGAAUGCUUUAGGAACUUGACUAGAACAUCAGAAGCUCUAGCAUUCCCUUUUUGGAGAGAAGUGAGCCAUCUGCUGGUCAGGAAGCCCUUGUAGCUACUCCAGUAGGCAGCUUUUCCCACAACCAAGGCAGGAAGGUUUUCCUGGAGGAAGCAGGAAGUAGUGCGUACGUACAGCUGGGGCUGAAAAUGGGUUAAAAGCUUGAUACUGUAGCUUUGAGUAUCUUUCACCUUUCUGUAAGUUGGAGUUGCAGGGGCCUGCCUGAAUUUCCCAGUGAAACAUAUCAUAGUUGGUCUUCAUCUCCCCUUUUUUGCUGUUUCAUUGCUGAUAGUGUUCAACAGCAGUAUACCCCAUCUUUAUAUAUGCUAAGAAACACUAAUCUUAGAUUUUUAUUAGCCAGCAUAUUUUUGUUCUUAAUAACGUUACUGGGCCAAAAAUUAUGCCAGGAGCCCGGCUGUAGUUUGCUGAAAUUGCCAGGUUGGGCACAAGGGGAAGGGGUUCCUGGGUGUUGACUGACUUGGGUGGGCCUGGCCAGAAGAACGCAUCCUCUGUCCUUUUAGGAAGACCCUGGUGCCCUCAAGAAGGCUCCCCCACCUCUCUUGAGUGGCUUGGCCCAUCCCUUGCUUGUGAGAGUGGGAAUAGUUUUUUUUUACUGAAAGGGAGUUCUGCUCUCUGGGUGGGUAAGAUUCCCGAACUUUCUGCUCCACCUCCUCCAGCCCCUUUUUCCUGUGCCCCAGGGGGUCAGGGAUCCUCAUAUCCUGAUGCUUACCUGGUAAAGGGUAAACAUGGCAGCUUCAGAGCUAGUUGAAGCUGCUAUCUGCCCAUGUUGUCCAACCCAGCCAUGUCUGUGAGCAAGCCCAGGUCCAUUGUGACCGUUGCAGGGUGCCCCGUAGCAGGGACUUGAAGUAUAUUGGGCUGAAUGGGAUUUUCCCUUCCCACAGAGCACUGAGCAGGGGAGGUGAUGAGGGGUGAGGGAGCCAUGCUGCUGAAUUCUGUUUGGUAUUCCCCCCUUAAGUAAAAUGAGGUGUCCGGGGGAUGGGGCAGCCUCUGCUUGGAGUUGGUUAUAAGAUAGACCUGGAAGAGAAGCAGUUGUCCCAUUCAGUUAUUUGAGCAAACAACUACUGUAAAUAACUUGUUUUGUCUUUGUCAAAUAAAAGUUUUGUUUUUAUUUUUAAA